AUGUCUUUUACCUCACCCCUUGAUGAUUCAUUGCAAACUCUUCUAAACCAGUUAAACUCUGAAUUUGACGAAUGUAUAAAACGAAUAGUGCCAAAUGGCUCAGAUAAUACUGAGAGAUCUCGUUCUUCUCAAGAUGAAUCACAAGCGAAUAAAGUUCAUCUUCUUAGAUUUCUACAGAUAGCUAAAAAAUUGGAAACAGCCUUAUCAAAGAUUAUUCAGUCAGAAAAACAACGGGAACAAAUUGCUUUACAAGAUGAAAUUAAUGGAUUACAACAAAAUAUAGCACAACAAAGAGAAGUUAUUGAGAAAUAUACUGCUUUGGUUAGAAAGUGGUCAAAAGAAUUUAGUGAAUUAGAAGAAGAAAAUAAAUUACCUUUAUAG